CGCGAUCCCCGGAUUUCAGGCAGAUUGGUGGCCGGACUUGAGGCCUCUUCUGUACAGACAGAACCCAGAUGGGAUGGUCUUACUGAGUAGGCCCAGCUUUCAGGCGGAGGACAGCUACGGCAUUGUCGGGGGCAACUUUCCUGCUCUCGAACUGAUGGCAAUGUACACUGCUGCAGCGAUGCACGACUACGACCACCCGGGCAGGACCAAUGCCUUCUUAGUCACUACCUUUGCUGAAAAUGCGAUCCUGUACAACGACCGGUCGGUGCUGGAGAGUCACCACGCGGCCGCGGCGUGGAAGCUAUUCCUCUCCGACCGCCGCUACAACUUCCUCUGUCACUUGGAGAAGGCAGAGUUCAAGCGCUUUCGCUACAUCGUCAUCGAAGCCAUCCUUGCCACCGACCUUAAGAGACACUUUGAGUUUCUCGCCGAUUUCAAUGCAAAGAUUGAGGAUGAGACGUCCUGUAUUGACUGGAACGCCGAGGCCGACCGCCUUCUCAUGCUGCAGAUGUGUAUUAAGCUAGCGGACAUCAACGGCCCUUGCAAGCGGCGUGACCUGCAUGUGCAGUGGACGGAGCGCAUCACGGACGAGUUCUAUGAGCAGGGAGGUGAGGAAGCAGCGCUCGGUCUUCCAAUAUCUCCCUUCAUGGACCGUAACAAUUGCCAGGUUGCUAAGCUGCAAGAAUCCUUCAUAAACCACCUGGUGGCACCUCUUUGUACUGCGUAUGGAAAUGCUGGGUUACUGCCGGGUCAAUGGUCGGAGAGUGACGUAUCGGACAGUGAGAGUGAUGUAGACAUUUCAAAUGGAGACUCUGCGAAAGAUGACACUACUGAUGCUGAUGUAACUGGGGGGAAAGAAGUAAAAGAACGAUGUAAAGUUAAGAAACAGGGCAGGAAAAUGUGGAGCCCUCUGAGUAAGCAUCUAAAAGAAAACCAUGAACAUUGGGUAUCACGGAUAAAGGAAGAGGAGAGAAGUAAGGACAUGUCUUCCCACCAGGACCAGCCUGAAUCCGAUUUAAAGGAGACAGAGAUGGAGACUAUAGUAGAGGAAACUGAACGAUCAUCUGUCUCAUCAUCUGUAGAUAAUCAGAAAAAUGAGGAGGUUCAAGACAGUGGCGCCACCUCUGGGGAUGAUGGUACAUUUUCUCCCAACAAGGCUGAAGAGUCGUGAGAUCGUGAUGAAUGCAGAAUACCCAUCGGUAGUCUGAGCUGCCAGUCCAUCACUUCCGGCAAUGAUUGCGGAACAAUAUAACACAGACGAUAUUUCUCUUCAUACAUAACACAAGUUACUGGAGCCACUUUCUGCCAUUAACACGUGGCUAAAGGGGGGCUUAUGUCGG